GCCCUGCAUCAUUUCUGCUCCCAGUGGUAGGCUUCCUCUGCAUUUUCUCCCUACUCUUCCCUUUCUUUGCUAAUCGCUUGCUACAAGAGUGCCAUGGCUGCCUCCGUCUCCACAGUCGGAGUUGUGAACAGAACCCUACUGAGCUUCAAUGGAUCAGGAGGAGGAAGCUCGGUUCCAAGCUCAGCGUUCUUGGGAAGCAGCUUGAAGAAGGUUCAGUCGAGAAUCCCAAACAUGAAGUUGAGCCCUGGAUGCUUGAAGAUUGUGGCGGAGAAAGAGAUAGACGAGGAGAGCCAGACAGAUGGAGACAGAUGGAGGGGUCUGGCAUACGAUAUAUCGGAUGAUCAGCAAGACAUCACGAGGGGGAAGGGUAUGGUCGACAGCCUUUUCCAAGCCCCUAUGCAAACCGGAACUCACUACGCUGUCAUGAGCUCUUAUGAGUACCUCAGCCAGGGGCUUCGCCAGUACGGCGACCUUGACAACAUGCUUGAUGGCUUCUACAUUGCCCCUGCUUUUAUGGACAAGCUUGUUGUUCACAUCACCAAGAACUUCAUGACCCUCCCCAACAUCAAGGUUCCUCUCAUUCUUGGUAUCUGGGGAGGCAAGGGUCAAGGAAAGUCGUUCCAAUGUGAACUUGUUUUUGCCAAGAUGGGAAUCAACCCAAUCAUGAUGAGUGCUGGAGAGUUGGAAAGUGGAAACGCAGGAGAGCCGGCCAAGCUGAUCAGGCAGAGAUACCGUGAGGCGGCAGACAUGAUCAAGAAGGGGAAGAUGUGCUGCCUCUUCAUCAACGAUCUUGACGCAGGAGCUGGUCGUAUGGGCGGAACCACCCAAUACACAGUCAACAACCAGAUGGUCAACGCCACCCUCAUGAACAUUGCUGACAACCCAACCAACGUGCAGCUCCCCGGUAUGUACAACAAGGAAGAGAACGCACGUGUCCCCAUCAUCGUCACCGGAAACGAUUUCUCCACUCUCUACGCUCCUCUUAUCCGUGACGGUCGUAUGGAGAAGUUCUACUGGGCUCCCACAAGGGAAGACCGUAUUGGUGUCUGCACCGGUAUCUUCCGUACCGACAAUGUUCCCGCCGAGGACAUUGUCAAGCUUGUUGACACUUUCCCCGGCCAAUCCAUUGAUUUCUUCGGUGCACUUCGGGCGAGAGUGUACGACGACGAAGUUAGGAAGUGGAUCUCAGGAGUUGGAGUGGAGGGAGUUGGAAAGAAGCUUGUGAACUCAAAGGAAGGACCACCAACAUUUGAGCAACCAAAGAUGACACUGGAGAAGCUGUUGGAGUACGGAAACAUGCUUGUGCAAGAACAGGAGAACGUGAAGAGAGUCCAGUUGGCUGACAAGUACUUGAAUGAGGCUGCUCUUGGUGACGCCAAUGCAGAUGCCAUCAACAGUGGAGCCUUUUUCGGCGCCCAGACAUAAUUCAUCAUGUUUCUUAGCGUUUUCGUUUCUGUUAUUACGUGCACGAACAACAACAUGCUAAGUGUACAAUAAUUUUUCUUCUCUUCUCUUAUCCUCUUUUAUAUUCUGGAUUCCUGUCCUCUAUAAUUUUGAGUUAUAUUUGUCUACCAUGUUACUGAAAUCCACUUUUCUGCCCUUCUCUUUAA